AUGUCAGGCCUCCCGCCCGUCUACAUCGCCGCCGUCGCCAGAACGCCCGUGGGGUCAUUUCUUGGCUCUCUCUCCAGCUUGAGCGCCACCCAAUUGGGUGCUCAUGCCAUCAAGUCUGCUCUCGAGCGUGUCCCCGAGAUCAAGCCCGAGGAUGUCGAGGAGGUCUUUUUCGGCAAUGUCCUCUCAGCCAAUCUCGGCCAAGCCCCUGCCCGCCAGUGCGCCAUCAACGCCGGGCUCGCCGACUCGGUCGUCUGCACCACCAUCAACAAGGUGUGCGCCUCAAGCUUGAAGGCCAUCAUUCUUGGAGCCCAGACCAUCAUAACCGGCAAUGCCUCGAUCGUCGUGGCUGGCGGCACUGAGAGCAUGUCCAACACGCCGCACUACCUCCCCAGCCUCCGCACCGGCACCAAGUACGGCGACACUAGCCUCGUCGAUGGCGUACAAAAAGACGGUCUCCGGGACGCCUUUGGAAAGCAGGAGCUCAUGGGAAUGCAGGGCGAGCUCUGCAGCCAGGACCACGGCCUGACGCGCGAGAUGCAGGACGAGUACGCCAUCAAGACGUACCAAAAGGCCCAGGCCGCUACCGAGGCCGGUGUCUUCACCGAGAUUGCGCCCAUCGAGGUCAGCGGCGGCCGCGGAAAGCCCGCCGUCAAGAUCGACCGCGACGAGGAGGUCAAGAACCUCAACGUCGACAAGCUAAAGACGGUUCGCCCUGUCUUCGUCCCUAACGGCGGUACCGUCACCGCUGCCAACGCGGCGCCCAUCAACGAUGGCGCGGCCGCUGUUGUGCUCGUUUCUGAGGCCAAGCUCAAGGAGCUCGGCAUCAAGCCCCUGGCCAGGAUCCUCGGCUGGGGCGAUGCGGCGCGGGAGCCCGCUCGUUUCACGACGGCGCCGGCGCUGGCCAUCCCCAAGGCCAUCAAGCACGCCGGCCUCACCGAGAAGGACGUUGACUAUUACGAGAUCAACGAAGCCUUCUCUGUAGUGGCCUUAGCCAACAUCAAGCUCCUAGGCCUGGACCCCGAGCGCGUCAACGUGUUCGGCGGCUCCGUCGCCAUUGGCCACCCCCUGGGCUGCUCGGGCGCUCGCAUCGUCACGACGCUGACAUCGGUUCUCCGCGAGAAGAAGGCAAAGAUCGGGUGCGCCGGUAUCUGCAAUGGUGGAGGCGGCGCUUCAGCCUUGGUGAUUGAGAACCUGCAGUGA